UUGAGCAUCGACAAAAGCGUUCCCCGUUGGAAGGCUACAUGCAGACAACUUUCCCUGACAAAUUGCUGCAGCAAACAACAACAAACCAACCAACGCAACAGUUCGCAAUGUUAUUGAAUGGAUUAGUUGUUUUUCAAAUGCGAACAUUGAGGGAAGGGAACUGUUUUCAGAUGUGAGUUUUCAUGCGCUUUUCUUGUGUGUGUGCAUCUAAGGUCGAAAGUGCACAAGUGGGCAUAAGUGACUGACUUUAGGAAGUCACUCACCAUGGCCUAUCCUCAAGGCUUUCUCUUCCAACCGUCGGUGUCUCUAGCUCUCCAUUCCUGUCCCCCGUUCAGUUCCAGUGUGAUUUUAGGAGGACCAAGGACAGAGGAACUGGGCCGGUCGUCUUCAGGCUCAGCCUUCGCCCCUUACGCGGGAUCACCGGCGUUCAAUGGUUCAUCCCCUGGCUUCAAUUCUCACCUCCAGUAUAGCGGAGAGCAGACGGCGGCACUGAACUCAUUUGUGGGCUCCGCGUACGAUCCCUCAGCGGGUAUCGCUGGCUCUUUAGAGUAUCACCCGUUCGGUGUAGCAUUGGGCUAUCCAUAUGGAGACCCUGCAUACAGGAAAAAUGCUACAAGAGAUGCGACUGCCACUCUCAAAGCGUGGCUCAAUGAACACCGUAAAAACCCCUACCCAACCAAGGGUGAGAAAAUCAUGCUGGCCAUCAUUACUAAGAUGACACUUACCCAAGUGUCCACCUGGUUCGCAAAUGCCAGACGGCGGUUGAAGAAAGAGAAUAAAAUGACGUGGACCCCGAGGAAUAGAAGUGAGGAUGAGGAAGAAGAUGACAACAUUGACCUGGAGAAGAAUGACGACGAAGAAGAGCCACUUAAGCCCACGGCAGAAAUUGGGUCGAAAAAUGAAGCAGUUGGGCAGCAUCCAAAUCCAGUGGGAAUCCCCUGUGAGAAAUACAAAGAAGACAAUAGCGGCAAUGACAUGGAACCUGUCUUAAUUGAUCCGAAUGUAAAGGACCACGGGGACAGGAGAGUGCCCGAGAUGCCACGGCCCACCACCGCAGCAUCUCCCCAAAACGCGGACCUUGGAGUGGAAAGGGAUUCAGACUCCGCAGCCUCGGAAAGUCCACCUCCACUGAGGCGUAAUGACUCAGGCAACUCCAGCAAUGCUACAUCAGUGAUUCACUCGGCCCUUCCGGCCCCGAAACCAAAACUGUGGUCGCUCGCGGAGAUUGCAACUUCUUCGGAUAAAUGUAAAGGAUGUAGUGAUGCCGCUCAGACCGUGCCCAGACAAUUACUUACAGAGAUUCCGGGCGGUAGGCCUAUGUCAUCUCCAUUACGAGACGCUUCUCAGAAUAUUUUCCCUCACAGUGCAGCCCUAUCCAGACAUGUCUAUUAUACGUCUCCCUUUUUCCAGGGUUACUCGAACUAUCAUGGCACUUUUGGACACCUGCAGAGCCCCGGAUCCAACAUGGGGUCAGCGACGCAUUUAAAUGGAUUACAUCAAACUAUGUUACACAGAGCCGAGGCUCUGGCAAGAGACAGCCAAGCCAGGAGCCAAACACAGAUAAAUAUUUGUAAAGACUUGAGAUAUGAAAUUAAGAAAGGUAUGACACAUGUCUAGUAGCCUGUGUGACAUUUGGUAAGCUAUAGGCUCUAUAUAGACGUUUUAUUUAUUGUCCAACUGGGAAAAGAAACUAUAUUUUCAGUGGGGAAAAAACAUAUUGAGAUGCAAAUGGAACAAUGACAAUGACUAUUCCGGGGAGUUCCUAAAAAGGCAACAAACAAUUAUUUAGGAAUGUGAAUAUUCAAUUAUUACAUUUAGAAUGUUUUAAAGGAUAAUGUGGAGGGGAAAAAAGUGGAUUCCUUUGUCAAACCACGUGGUGAAUAAUUAUUAAUUAAAGAAGACUAGUUUUAUUGUAGUCUUUUUUAGAAGAAAAGUGUGUUACUUUGUCAUUUCUAUUGACUUUGGUCGUUCAUUGCGCAAAAAAAUGACCAAUUUUUACCAGGUUAAUUUCGUGUUGCAUGGCUGCAAUAGUUGACAUGUGUGCUUUGCCAAAUAAUCACAGCCAUGUGAAGCACACAACUCCACACAGAAAGUUGCCAAUGCCAGCAAAAGUAUUGGAUUAUUGGAUAAAAACUAUUCAUCAUUGCAUUGACUGCAUUAUCGAAGCACCAUUCCAAUACGCAAUAUGUCCUGUGUUGCAAUAAGGCAUACAUUACUCUCGAAAUUCCCUCUGCAUGUAGUCUAGAUUUUAGUAGCCAUUACUUGAAGCAACUGUGGAAAAUGUAAUCCUUAUAUCACAAAUGCUGUAGUCUGUGUUUUAAUUUAUUUUUUAACUUGAGCAGAGAGGAAAUUACAUUUGAUCAAACCACAAAAUAUUCCACGGUAACCAGGCAUAUAUCUGGGUUUUUAAAAUAUCAACACUUAAGAAGCUUACAUUUUCCGAGGCCAUCUUCGAGGAAUUAAGUGUGUAAAUUCGAAUUUAUGUUCUCCCGAAGGAGGGGAUUUCUCUUAAUCAUGGAAUUGCAAGAGCCAAACAGUAACAAAACAUGCAGAGAAAGUUGAGGCAAAACGCGCCACUGUGUACUAAACUUUGUGUAGGCCUACUAAAUUCACAAUGACUUAAAGGGCUAUGUAAUCUCUAAAGUAUGUUUUCUAUGUUAGUGAUUUUUCGUUGCUUUCUGCAUAGGCUAUAUUUUGCUCAAA